CACUUUAACCACCCCACCCCCCCCAAAAGAAGAGUACUUUCCUUGAUCGUCUCGUAAAAUCUUGCUCUAUUUUAUAAUUUCUCCCAGAGAAAAACAUAUUUUGCUUCUUCUUCUUUUGUUGUUGUUAUUAUUGGUUCGUACGUUGUUCAUUAUCUGACAAGAAAAAAAAAAUAUCAAAUCAAAAAAAGGAAAAAUACAAAAUGGAGUUGAUGAAUCUGGCAUCAAAAGAAACGAGUUACUGGAUGCUCGCACUACCUGCCGUUUUUGGAUCCCAAAACCUACACGAUGUUUCCAUCCUCGGCUAUCUACUCCUCGCCGUCGUUUCUCUAUCUUUACUCACGUGGGCACUCGCCGGAGGUGGCGGCAUCGCAUGGAAGAACGGCCGUAACCGAUUGGGUCGGGUCACGAUUCCGGGUCCUCGAGGCAUACCAGUAUUCGGCAGUCUUUGCACUCUCAGCCGCGGCUUGGCUCAUAGGGCGUUAGCCGCCAUGGCUUGGAGCCGAGCUAACACUGAGAUUAUGGCUUUCAGUCUCGGCUCGACUCCGGUUAUCGUGGCUUCUGAGCCGAAUACGGCUCGCGAAAUUCUGAUGUCGCCUCACUUCGCAGACCGGCCGGUUAAGCAAUCGGCUAAGAGCCUCAUGUUUAGCCGAGCCAUAGGAUUCGCGCCGAACGGGGCAUACUGGCGCACGUUAAGAAGGAUCGCCUCGAAUCACCUAUUCGCUCCUCGGCGGAUUUUAGCACACGAAGCUGGGCGCAAGCUAGACUGCGCCGAAAUGGUGAAAGCUGUGUCAGCGGAGCAAAACGGCGUCGGAUCCGUCGUUUUGAGGCAACACUUGCAGCUAGCCGCCUUGAACAACAUCAUGGGGAGCGUUUUUGGGAGGAGAUACGACCCUAUGUCUAAGGAUCAGGAUCUUGAUGAUCUCACAUCAAUGGUUGCAGAAGGGUUCGAGCUCUUGGGUGCUUUUAACUGGUCCGAUUAUCUUCCAUGGCUCGGUUAUUUCUACGAUCCGCUUCGUGUAAACCAGCGUUGCUCAGAACUCGUUCCUCGAAUCCGAACCCUCGUCAAGAGAAUCAUCGACGAACACAGAGUCAGUAACUCGGAUAAGAAAGGAGAUAUUGGAGAUUUCGUUGAUGUCUUGUUAUCUUUUGACGGAGAUGAGAAGCUUCAAGAAGAUGACAUGAUCGCCGUUUUAUGGGAGAUGAUAUUUCGAGGCACAGACACAACGGCGUUAUUAACGGAGUGGACCAUGGCCGAGCUAGUACUGAACCCUGACGUGCAAGCCAAGCUAAGGGAUGAGAUCAAAACGGCUGUGAACGACCGAGCCGACGUGGCAGAUGCUGACCUGGCAAAACUCCCGUACUUGGCUGCUGUGGUGAAGGAAACUCUGAGGCUGCAUCCUCCCGGACCAUUGCUAUCGUGGGCUCGUCUUUCCACGUCAGAUGUCCAGCUCAGCAACGGCAUGGUGGUUCCAAAAGGUACUACGGCAAUGGUCAACAUGUGGGCCAUUACGCACGACCCGGUGGUAUGGUCCGACCCGUUGAAAUUCAACCCGGACAGGUUCAGUGAGAAUGGUGACGUGGACAUUCGUGGUGGGGAUCUAAGGCUUGCGCCGUUCGGAGCCGGGAGGAGGGUGUGUCCGGGGAAGAACAUGGCUUUGGCUACUGUGACUCGUUGGGUGGCUGAGUUGGUGCAACGGUUCGAGUGGAGUCAGGAUCAGACCAAUCCGGUUAAGCUCGAUGAGGUCUUGAAGCUUUCUUGUGAGAUGGAGCAUCCGUUACGUGCCGUUGUAACCGAAAUCUAAGUUAGGGUUUUUGACUUUUGUCAAUGUGUGUGUUUUUUAUCCUAAUAAUAAUUUCCAUGUAUCGUACGUUUUCUUUCUGUUUUGUGGAGAGAUGUUUGAAUUGUUGGUUGUUUUCCGUUUUAACUUUAAUUAGUUGAUGUAGUAAUUUGGUUUGAUGUGUAGUAUCGUUAUCCUUAGACCUUAGUGUGGGACUUAAUAAACCGAGUUCUUGUUA